UAAGGUUCAUAUUGCACAAGACUAUAAAACACACACAGUGAGCUCAGUAUCUUCACAAUCUGCUCAAAACUCUUUCACCUAAAGGAGGGAAAACACUACAUCCCAAACAUGGCUCUAAACUUUGGACACGUCAUAACUACAAAUAACGAGGAGCUGAGAAUAGUGAUGGUGGGGAAGACUGGAAUUGGAAAGAGCGCCACUGGAAACACCAUUCUGGGGCGACAGUGCUUUGAAUCAAAGCUCAGUGCACAGUCCAUGACCGUGGACUGUUUAAAGGGCAAAGGCACAGUGGAGGGACAAAAGGUUGCUGUAAUCGACACCCCGGGCCUGUUUGACACCAGGGUUGAUUUGGACAAGACAGCCAAAGAUAUCAGCCAGUGCAUCACUUAUUCUUCCCCUGGACCCCACAUGUUCCUGGUGGUCAUCAGGCUGGGCAGAUACACAGAGGAGGAGAAACAGACUGUGCAAAGGCUUCAAGAGAUCUUUGGCCAGGCGGCAGACAGAUACAGCAUGGUUCUCUUCACUGGUGGUGACCAGUUGGAGGCAGGAGAAACUACCAUUGAGGAUUUCUUGUCUGAAAGUCCAGAGCUGCAGGAGCUAGUGGCCAGAUGUAACGGCCAGUACCAUGUCUUCAACAACUUGACAAAAGAUCGCUCUCAGGCCACUGAGCUGCUCCAGAAGAUCAGAGAUAUAGUCCAGAGGAACGGAGGAAGUCACUACACCAACCAGAUGUUCCAAGAGGCUGAGAGGGCUCUGGAGGAGGAGACACAACGCAUCCUGAAGCAGAAAGAAGAACAGAUACGCAAAGAAAGAGAGGAACUUGAGAGGGAAGUACAGCAGAAGUAUGAAAAAGAGAUGAAGAGAAUCAACGAGCAGCUCCAGGCUGAGAGAGAGAGGGAGAGGCAAGAGAGAGAGGAGGAGAGGAAGAAGGAGAGGGAGGAGCUGAAUGAGGAGAAACAGAGGGAGAGGGAGGAGAGACAAGUAGAGAGAAUGAGAGAGAGGGAGGAAAAAGAAAAGAAGCUGAGUCAACUAAAGGAGCAGUUUGAGAGUGAUCUGAGGGAGGAGAGGAAAAGGUUGGAGGAAAAGUACGAAACUGAGGCCAGGGAGAAGGCUGAGCACUCCAACCCGAUACUUCUUGUGAUGAAGACUGUUGAACUCCUGGCAGGACUGAGGUCUCUGGACAAGCAACUCAGGAGACUGUUCAAAUGAGUGGAAGAGAACCCCUCCUGAAGUUCCCUCAGCAGGGACCAAACAACAGGCUGAGCAGAUAUCUCCUCCCACAGAACUAAAGUCAAACAGUUAGUAAAUAUACAUCCUGUUAUGUUACAGUGCAACAGUGCCAUCUAGUGAUCAUUAUCCAAGACUGGUUGGAAAUGACCAGAAUGAGGUUUAUUAUGAUGUAGAUUGGGGAUGUAUGAUUUGAUGUUUUGUUUUGAGCCGAUAAAGAUAACCAAUCAUCUGCUGCUCCUGAUGGCUGAUACAAGUUUACAUAUUUUUUUCACACUUCUGUAUUUUAAAAACAAGUUCAUAAUAUGUAGUUUAUGCAAACCUGAGGGUAAAGCCUGGUUUAUACUUCUGUGUCGACCCUCUGCAGCGGUGGUUGAUGCUGACUUGAGAUCUACAUACUGGUGCGCCGAUGUGUCCGUGACGCGCAGCGAUACUCCACUGAAACGCUUGAGGGCAGUGUGGUCUCUCUGAUAGUCAGGUCAGCUACGAUCUCUGUUCACUUUUUCACAGCCACUUCGAACAUAUUAUGCUAAUUUAGAGCUGAUGCAUGAUGCUGUUUAUCAUACAUCGGUGAUUACAGAGAAGAAUAGAGAGGACACGUCGGAGGAGAUGAAAUACACGGCGGACGCAGGGCGAUUUCAAAAGUGCUGUAAAUGCAAGAAAUACAAUGUUCCUACAGUGUGGAGGAGGCAGUAUUUUUUAUUGUAUAAAAUUUGAUUUUCGGAUUAUUAAAUACAAAUUAAAUGUUCCCAUUAUUGGUCGAUACUUCUGCAUCCACAGUGUAGGUCAACUUCUGACAGUAAAAUGGUUGCUGAUCCGGCUUUGAGGUCAUUACCAAGCGUUAACCUCCAGUCUCAAAAUAUGAAGCCCACGUGGAAGUGUUAUAAACUGGAGUUCAUUGAGUGUCCACUUGAGGCUGGCUGGCUGCAGAAACACCGAA